AUGAUUCGUCUCACUUUUAUUGCCCUCGCGGUUGUGGCUGUGUUAUGUGGACACAAGGCAGUAAGUGCUUCAAUAACUGGAACAGCAGAAACGGUUGAUUGUUUAGCCGCGAUGAAUGAGGCGAGGACAGCCGCGGGACUCGCUGAAUUUAAGGUGGCGACUGAACAAGAUCAAGUGCUGCCGAAACAUGCUGCCGGCAAAACUACCAUAACUGCUGCUGACUUGUGGACGGAAAUCUGCAAAAAAAUUGCAGGCACUGAUACCGAAGGGACUGAAGCCAAAAAGUUGAAAGGAACCUUCGCGUACUACCCUGGCGAGAAUGACUGCACAGCGGCAGUGCAGUACUGGAAGGACGGGUUUUCGCUCUUCGAAAACAAAUUGCCCCCAACGUACACAGUGUCAGACACCCCUGCGGUGUACACCGACAAAGCUGUUUCCUUCGUCGCCCUUUAUAACCCCAAGACAAAUCCUGUAGCCAGCUGUGCCUUUGUCACCUGCACAACAGCAAACGAGAUUGCUGCCGCAGAACUCUCAAAAAGGCACAGCGGGCCAACAUUAAGGAGACUUGCAGAUGGGGAGAAACCUUCUACUGCCGUUAUCUGCUUAACGAACCCAAAGGCCCUGAACGAUGAAGAACCUCCAUUCAAGGAAGAGGAGUGGCAGAAGAUUGUUCAAGCUAUAGUUGGUACUGACGAGGCCAAUGGAUUUUCGCCAGUCAGGCCGUCAUUGGCAGUUGGGUUCAUAAUGAUGCUUUUUGCCUCCAGUCUUUUCUAA